AUGGGCCAACAGAAACGGGUACGCCAGAUCGCAGACCACCGAUGUACCAACGAAGAACAAGGCGAGAGGGUGAAAGACGAAUCCGUGAGCCUCUGGCCAAUACCACCAGAGAAGUAUACAACAAACAGGGAGGCCCAUAACGGUGCCUACGAAGCGACAGAACCUGAAGGCAUGAUUGUCAGCACGGCUGGCCGAGUUUGUGAAUAA